CCAAUAUCGACAAAAAAUAUAUAUCUGUUAAUAUAAUAUUAUUGGGUAGAUGACUUGUUCAUUUUGAGUUUAUUGUCAAAGAACGUUUUUCCGAAAAGAAAAUGGGUCAAAACCAGUCAGGUGCUGGAGGAAGUGAUAAAAAAGAUGAUAAAGAUAAGAAAAAGAAAUAUGAACCACCAAUACCAACACGGGUAGGUAAAAAGAAGCGACGUACAAAAGGACCUGACACAGCUUUAAAAUUACCGGCUGUAACGCCACAUACAAGAUGUCGAUUGAAGUUGCUCAAAUUAGAACGAAUUAAGGAUUAUUUAUUAAUGGAAGAGGAAUUUAUUAGAAAUCAAGAACGAUUGAAACCACAAGAAGAGAAAAAUGAGGAAGAACGCUCAAAAGUUGAUGACUUAAGAGGUACACCGAUGUCCGUGGGAACACUUGAAGAAAUAAUCGAUGAUAAUCAUGCGAUUGUAUCGACAUCGGUUGGAAGCGAACAUUAUGUAAGCAUUCUAUCGUUUGUGGAUAAAGAUCAAUUGGAACCGGGUUGUUCUGUACUAUUAAAUCAUAAAGUACAUGCUGUUGUGGGAGUUUUAGGAGAUGACACUGAUCCAAUGGUUACUGUUAUGAAAUUGGAAAAAGCUCCACAAGAAACGUACGCCGAUAUUGGUGGACUCGAUACACAAAUUCAAGAAAUUAAGGAAUCCGUAGAGUUACCAUUAACUCAUCCAGAAUAUUACGAAGAAAUGGGUAUUAAACCACCUAAAGGUGUCAUUCUAUAUGGACCACCAGGAACUGGAAAAACUUUACUUGCAAAAGCUGUUGCCAAUCAAACUUCUGCCACAUUUUUACGUGUUGUUGGCUCAGAAUUAAUCCAAAAAUAUUUGGGCGAUGGACCAAAAUUAGUGCGAGAAUUAUUCCGUGUUGCGGAAGAACAUGCUCCAUCUAUAGUAUUCAUCGAUGAAAUUGAUGCUGUGGGUACGAAACGUUACGAUUCGAACAGUGGCGGUGAACGUGAAAUUCAACGUACUAUGUUAGAGCUAUUAAAUCAAUUGGAUGGUUUUGAUUCACGGGGUGAUGUUAAAGUUGUAAUGGCUACGAAUCGUAUUGAAACAUUAGAUCCAGCCUUGAUACGACCUGGACGUAUUGAUCGUAAAAUUGAAUUUCCAUUACCUGAUGAGAAGACUAAACGUCGUAUAUUUGGUAUUCAUACAGCUCGAAUGACACUCGCUGAAGAUGUUGUAUUACAAGAUUUAAUUAUGGCUAAAGAUGAUUUAUCUGGUGCUGAUAUUAAGGCAAUUUGUACUGAGGCUGGUUUAAUGGCGUUGCGUGAGCGUAGAAUGAAAGUAACAAAUGAAGAUUUCAAGAAAUCAAAAGAAAGUGUGUUGUAUCGAAAGAAAGAAGGCACUCCUGAAGGAUUAUACUUAUAAAAAAUUUAUUUUUAAAUUAAUAUUUUACAAUUUAUCGUUUGUAUAAAUUGAUGUUUCUAACAUGAAAUUCAAAUAAAUAAAUGCUUUUUUCUAA